CCUUAUAUUUUGCCAAACCCGGCUUGUAAGGUGCAAUUUUGUUAAAUAAGGAUAUCGCUUAAUUUAAGAAAGUCUAGUUCAGUAUUAAAAAUGGUAAUAAAAUCAAUCAAGGCUCGUCAAAUCUUUGACUCUCGUGGCAACCCUACUGUGGAAGUUGAUCUGGUAACAGAGCUUGGCUUGUUCCGGGCAGCUGUACCCUCUGGUGCAUCCACUGGUGUUCAUGAAGCUCUUGAACUAAGAGAUAACAUCAAGAGUGAAUAUCAUGGCAAGGGAGUUUUGACCGCAAUCAAAAAUAUCAAUGAACUCAUUGCUCCUGAACUUACAAAAGCCAACCUCGAAGUAACCCAACAGAGAGAGAUUGAUGAACUCAUGCUUAAGUUGGAUGGCACUGAGAACAAAUCCAAACUGGGUGCUAAUGCUAUCCUUGGAGUUUCCCUAGCUGUUGCUAAGGCUGGUGCUGCCAAGAAGAAUGUUCCGCUGUACAAGCACUUGGCUGAUUUGGCUGGAAAUAAUGACAUUGUUCUACCUGUACCAGCAUUCAAUGUGAUCAAUGGAGGAUCACAUGCUGGAAAUAAACUUGCCAUGCAGGAAUUCAUGAUUUUCCCUACAGGGGCAUCCACCUUCAGUGAAGCCAUGAGGAUGGGUUCAGAAGUGUACCACCAUUUGAAAAAGAUCAUUAAGGAGAAGUUUGGAUUGGACUCUACGGCUGUUGGUGAUGAAGGUGGUUUCGCUCCAAACAUACAAAACAACAAGGAUGCUCUUUAUCUGAUUCAGGAUGCUAUCCAGAAAGCUGGCUAUGCUGGCAAGAUCGACAUUGGCAUGGAUGUAGCCGCCUCUGAGUUCUUCAAGGAUGGAAAAUACGACCUUGACUUUAAGAAUCCCGAUUCCAAUCCAGGCGACUACCUGUCAUCAGAUAAAUUAGCUGAUGUCUAUUUGGACUUCAUCAAAGAUUUUCCCAUGGUGUCCAUUGAGGAUCCUUUUGACCAGGAUGAUUGGUCUGCAUGGGCUAACCUCACUGGUCGCACGCCUAUUCAGAUUGUUGGUGAUGAUCUAACGGUGACAAACCCUAAGCGUAUCGCUACUGCAGUUGAGAAGAAGGCAUGCAACUGUCUGCUAUUGAAGGUCAAUCAGAUCGGCAGCGUAACAGAGUCAAUUGAUGCUCACUUGCUGGCCAAGAAGAACGGAUGGGGCACAAUGGUCUCUCACAGAUCUGGUGAGACCGAAGAUACCUUUAUUGCCGACCUGGUAGUUGGUUUGUCCACGGGUCAGAUCAAGACCGGCGCCCCGUGUCGCUCGGAGCGUCUCGCCAAGUACAACCAAAUUCUGCGCAUUGAAGAGGAACUUGGCGUCAACGCCAAAUACGCCGGGAAGAACUUCCGUAGACCGGUCUAAAAAUUCCCUUAAAAAAACGUAAAAUUCUGUGUUUUUAAGUUAUCCGCAUUUUGAUUCCAACAAAAAAAGUAGUAUUGACUAUGUUUGUACUAAAUAAGCAAUUUAAUGCCUAUCAUGUUCUUCAAGACUGUAGUGAAUGUGCGUGU